AAAAUAUCUUUGUACCGAUCCACCCGAACGAAUUCGGUAAUGAAACGUGCGUGAUCUUCCAGCGACUCAAUUUCAUUUUCGUGGCAUCAAUAAUCAAUAGUAUCUUUGGAGACACCGUGCCAGCGUUUCGUCUAUCCUCGGUCGCGUCGCUUUCCAGUCAUACAGAGCGACUAAUGAACAGAACAUGGGAUUGAAAACGAUUGCCACUUAUGGCCUCGGAAAAGGCAAGGCGGGAUCGAGAAGGGUGUCCCUUAGGAUUGCCCGGGGCUCGGUCCUCGACUUCUCCGCCAACGAAACGGCUCCGUCCGCAGGGAACCGCACCGGCGCGAUCGUCAACGCCGCCAACGAGGGAUGCCUCGAUGGGGGCGGCGUGGACGGGGCCAUCAACAAAGCCGGCGGCCCCGCGCUGUGGAAGGACCGCAAGGCCCUGCCGGUGGUGGCAAGGGGAAACGUUCGCUGCCCCACCGGCCACGCGGUGGUGACGGGACCGAAUUCCUACGGGGCGCUGCACGUUCCGUACGUGGUGCACGCGGUCGGGCCACCCUACGCCCACUUCGACGAGGACCGGUUUCCCGAGCUCGACGCCGCGUUGAGGUCGGCCUAUCGGCAGUCGCUGGACCGGUGCCGGGAAGAGGGCGUCACCGACGUUGCCUUUUCGUUGCUUUCCGCGGGCAUCUUCCGGGGCAGCCGGGGCCUUCCGGACGUCCUAGCGAUAGCCGCGGAAGCGAUCCGAGACUGGGUGGACGACGCCGAUGGAUUCACCACCGAUGCGGCGAACGCUGCCGCCGGUUCUAGUCCCGACGGCCAAGACGAGAGCGAGGUGCCGUCUCGCUCUCGCCCGCAUUGCUUGGAGAGCGUUACACUCUGUGGCUUUUCCGAAAAAGAACUCCUUGCGUUGACAACAGUGUGCCAAGCUUUGUUUGCAAAAGGCGACGACGACCAAGACGGAGAGGAGGACGAAGAAGAUGACCCAGACCGCAAAGUGGAGGAGGACAACUAGACCGCGACAAAAAAUAAUCCCGCGAAGAGACCACAACGACAGAGCAAAAGCCAUGUCUCGUGGGAUGAAGUUGUGGGGUCUCAUUAGCCUUUGCUAGACAUGUGAUUUGUAUUUAUUGCACAAGACUAUACCACAAUAGAAUGUUAGAAAAAGGAAGAAUAAAAUUGAUCAAGAUUAUUGCCGAAAAAUAUUUUAAGGGGUAGUACUACGCAGUAAGUGAUUAUAGCGUGUUUGUCUCGUUCGAGAAGGAUCCAUGCCAUUCCAUAUUGAAAGUGAAUCAUUUGUCGCCCUAUUCUUUCUUGUCGAACGACGAGACGAUGGUCCAUUGGACUUCAUCUCCGAACUUCAGCGGCGUGACCUUGUCUCGGCCGAAUUCAUAGGUCACCGGCACCUUCCAUGGCUUUCGCUCCAGCGUCAUCGUCUCGGUGUUGCGCGGGAGUCCGUAGUGGUCGGCUCCCCAGGAGCUGCAAAAGUCCUCGAGCUUGUCCAGGCAGCCCGCCUCGUCAAAGACCUGGCAAUAGAUCUCGACGGCGCAGUGGGCCGAAAAGACCCCGGCGCAACCGCAGGCCGAGAAUUUGGCGUAUAUGGGGUGGGGGGCGCUGUCCGUGCCCAGGAAAAACUUGGGCAGCCCACUGGUAGCGGCCUCCACGAGGGCCUUCCGGUGGAUCUCGGCCUUUUGGAGGGAAGUAGUGGCGUCGAGUCGGUCGCAAACAAGGCACGAGUGUUAGUUUGUGUUCUUUCUUUCCGUUCGUGUCUUCAGAACCCACACGGAAAUUGUCUUACCUUGAGAAUCGGGAGGCAGUACAAGUGCGGACGAAUCCCUCCGACGAGCAUGUCUGAAAGGUUGGAUUCGAGCAUUUAGCAAUGGUGGGUGGGAUAUACGUUGCACAAACAAAAAAACAAAAAAUGUGAGAAAAUAUUCGCUUGAUCUGGAUUCAGAUCUCAUGCACCAUAUAAAGUGGAAAUAGGUUG